UCUCAAAUCACAACCACAACUUCUUUGCAGGAUGCAACGUUUAUAGCAAGAAUCUCAACUGUCAUCUUCGACAUCUCAGCGAAAUGGCGGACGCAAACAUCAAUCAUCAAGAUGCACGGGAUUACUGGCAAGGGAUCGACGCCGACGUGAAUGGAAUGCUCGGUGGCUUUCCUUACAUUUCGAAAGUUGAUCUUCAAGGCUCCAAGAAUUUCUUGGCUAAACUUGGUGUCGGUGGACAAGGAGCGGAAAAGCUCGAGAGAGUGGUAGAUUGCGGUGCUGGCAUUGGAAGAAUCACAGAAGGCCUCCUGCUUCACCUGGCAGAAACGGUCGACAUCGUCGAGCCGAUCGCCAAAUUCUCUGAUAACCUCAAAGAAAAAUCCGGCAUAGGCGAAAUCUACAACGUCGGUCUUGAAGAUUGGUCUCCCGGAUCUAACGAUAUCAAAUACGAUCUGAUAUGGAACCAAUGGUGUUUAGGUCACCUGACCGACGUCCAGCUCAUUGCGUAUCUGAAAAAGUGUGGAACGGCGCUGAAAGAUGGCGGAUUGGUGGUUGUGAAGGAGAAUAUGAGCUCAUCUGAAGAGGACAUCUUUGAUGAGCUGGAUAGCAGCGUUACGAGAUGUGAUCAGAAGUUUAGGGAGAUCUUUGAGAAGGCUGGGAUGAAGAUCAAGAAGACUGAGAUUCAGAAGGGGUUGCCCAAGGAGUUGUAUCCAGUUAGGAUAUAUGCUUUGGUCCCUGAGACCUGAGGCCAGAUGCUCGUUAGGACGAUUCAUGGACUUCUAGCAGGGUAGAAAUCUACACCUAAUAAGGGUUUAUGGGUUACCAGCGGAUAUUGAACUACUGAUGGCUUCACGCUAUAGGGUACAUCAUGGUUCCACAGCGAAGAAAACGAAGACUUUCUCAAAGCGCAGGAAAGGUCGAGUAGUGGCCAUUAGAAACAGAAACCUUUCAACGCGGUCUAGAGACUGCUUCGGUCAAGAUCUCAGUUGCCUCGAGAGACAUCAUACAACCAUGCCAAUAAUUCCCACUCAAUCAGUCGCUGACUCAUUUCACUUCAGAUCAUUGCCAUUCAACUAAGGCCAUUUCUUACUUGAGCACAAGUAUAGUACUAUGAUUGUGUCACAGCAUAUGGAUGAGCUAAGUAGUCAAACAUUGUCGCAACUUAUCUUCCUGGCACUACCCCUGAUUGGUUCGUCACAGC